AGAAAACAAAUCAACAUCUAAAGUGACAGAUUUUUAAAGGGGAUUCGGUAAUGUUGUCUCUCCACACAUCAACACAUUCUCAUGUGACCAAAAGUUUCCCCCUGCCUCCAGUCUCUGUGCUAAGCUAGGCUAACAGUGUCCUCUGCCUCCAGUCUCUGUGCUAAGCUAGGUUAACAGUGUCCUAUUCCUCCAGUUUUUGUGCUAAGCUAGGCUAACAGUGUCCUCUGCCUCCAGUCUCUGUGUUAAGCUAGGCUAACAGUGUCCUCUGCCUCCAGUCUUUGUGCUAAGCUAGGCUAACAGUGUCCUCUGCCUCCAGUCUCUGUGCUAAGCUAGGCUAACAGUGUCCUCUGCCUUCAGUCUCUGUGCUAAGCUAGGCUAACAGUGUCCUCUGCCUCCAGUCUUUGUGUUAAGCUAGGCUAACAGUGUCCUCUGCCUCCAGUCUUUGUGUUAAGCUAGGCUAACAGUGUCCUCUGCCUCCAGUCUUUGUGCUAAGCUAGGCUAACAGUGUCCUCUGCCUCCAGUCUCUGUGUUAAGCUAGGCUAACAGUUUCCUCUGCUUCUAGUCUUUGUGCUGAGCUAGGCUAACCGUGUCCUCUUCCUCCAGUCUCUGUGCUAAGCUAGGCUAACAGUUUCCUCUGCCUUCUGUCUUUGUGCUAGGCUAACAGUGUCCUCUGCCUCCAGUCUUUGUGUUAAGCUAGGCUAACAGUGUCCUCUGCCUCCAGUCUUUGUGCUAAGCUAGGCUAACAGUGUCCUCUUCCUCCAGUCUUUGUGCUAAGCUAGGCUAACAGUUUCCUCUGCUUCUAGUCUUUGUGCUGAGCUAGGCUAACCGUGUCCUCUUCCUCCAGUCUCUGUGCUAAGCUAGGCUAACAGUUUCCUCUGCCUUCUGUCUUUGUGCUAGGCUAACAGUGUCCUUUUCCUCCAGUUUCUGUGCUAAGCUAGGCUAACGGUGGCGGCCAUGUUGAGACCAGUGAGGACCUUGGCCCCUCUGAGCCGCUGCUGCUCCAGCUUUGUCUCCAGGAUGAGGUUUGUCGACCGGCUGAAGCGGGACGAUGGAGCGUGUGCUGCAGCGCUGCAGAGCGGCCAGAUGUUCCUGUUCCACCGGCUGGCUCCACUGCUGCAACGCACUGAGAGGGGAACCCUCAGACCCGUAGCACGCAGAACCUCAGACGUGCAGUCGAUCCUGCAGCGACUCGGCUCGGACCCAGCCCUGCUGGAGCAGUCGGUUCUGAUUGGCUGCUCCCAACAGAACCAGGCUCAGUUCUGUCUGGACAUCGGAGAAGUGGACCAGGUGGUUCUGGAGGAAGCGUGUGGAGGAACCUUCAUCGAUCUGAAGAAGUCUUUCUUUCUCCUCCCGGCAGCAGAGGCUCCUCUGGUUGCCAAGGGUCAGGCUCUGCUGCGCUGGCAUCAAACCAGCGGCUUCUGCAGCGCCACGGGGCGACCCACCCAGCGCAACCGGGCAGGAAGUCAGAGAGUCUGCAGCGACAUCAUCUACUACCCCAAGAUGUCUCCGGUGGUCAUCGCCCUGGUGUCUGAUGGGAAACGGUGUUUGUUAGGCCGACAGGCGUCCUUCCCUCGGGGGAUGUACAGCGCUCUGGCCGGCUUCUGUGACAUGGGUGAGACUCUGGAGGAGACUCUGAGCAGGGAGGUAGCAGAGGAAGUAGGUUUGGAGCUCCUCAGCGUCUCCUACAGCUCCUCGCAGCAUUGGCCGUUUCCUCACAGCUCCUUCAUGAUUGGCUGCCACGCCACUGUAAGCCCCGCCCACACUCAGCUGUCCGUGGACCAAUCAGAGCUUGAGGACGCUCGCUGGUUCAGUCUGGAGGAAGUGGUCACCGCCCUGCAGGUGAAGGCCCCGCCCCCGAGAGGAGCCGCUGGCCUAUGGCUGCCUCCCAAACACGCCAUCGCCAACCGCCUCAUCAGCGAGUGGGCGGAGCGACAGAGACGCAGCCUGGACGGAGACUGAACUACAACUGAUCCCAGACUGGACUACAAAUGAUCCCAGACUAGACUACAGAUGAUCCCAGACUGGACUACAAAUGAUCCCAGACUAGACUACAGAUGAUCCCAGACUGGACUACAGAUGAUCCCAGAAUGGACUACAACUGAUCCCAGACUGGACUACAACUGAUCCCAGACUGGACUACAAAUGAUCCCAGACUGGACUACAAAUGAUCCCAGACUGGACUACAAAUGAUCCCAGACUGGACUACAAAUGAUCCUAACGUUGCUAACGUUGAAUCCUUUAGCAACGUUAGCAUGGGUUCAUAAAGUCAUGAGCAGCGCUGUAUCUGACAGUUUUUAAAAAAACAUCCCGACACACGAGGUGUGAUGUUUUGAUAAACACAACGCAGUAAACAAAGUGUCAGAGACACACACACACACACACACACACAGAGACACAGACACACACACACACACACAGAGACACAGACACACACACAGAGACACACACAGAGACA